AUGGUCCUGUUCUUCGGGGACUUCUUCCAGUUCGACCCCGUCCUGCAGACCAGCCUCCUCUUGCCGGCGCCCAGGGACCGUGGCGGACAGAGGCCGGAAAGCUUGGCGAAGCAUCUCGCAGCGCACAGGCUGUUCCUCCAGUUCACAACCGUUGUCAUCCUCCAGGAGCAGGUCCGCGCGGCUGGUUGCCCAAGGCUUCGGGGCUUCCUCGGGCGCCUGCGCAACGGCGAGCAGACCGAGCUGGACUUCCAGCGGCUCAGUCAACGCCUUUAUACACCGUCGUGCAAGGCGUCCUUCGUAGACGGUCUGAGAGCCAUCACGCCCCUGAACCAAGACCGGUGGGACCUGAACAUGGCCGCCGUUGUCCAGUGGGCUCGUGCCCACGGCAAACACAUCUCCAUCUUUGUGGCCAAGCAUGACACCGAUUCGGGGAAGCGACUAAGUGUGAAAGAGCUGUGCCGCGUGCUUCGCUACGGAGACGACUCCCAGUUGCCAACCCCGGGCCUGUUCUUCUACGCUCAAGGGAUGCCGGUGGCGGUGACUCGGAACCAGUUUGUCGGGCUAAAGUCAGACGACAGCGCGGGCCUCGCCAUCCCCGGGCUCCCCAAUGGCACGAUCCUGAUCAAGAGCAAGACGGUCGCCAUCCCGAGCCAAAUGCGGGGCAAAGAAGGCAGAUGGAGGGGCAAGCCGGGUUUCAGGUGGGUUACCCACAGAACCGGGCCUCUCUACACCCCGGCCUUCGCUAUGACAGAUCAGAAGAGCCAAGGCAAGCAGUUCUCCAACGUCCUCAUCAACCUCAAAGGCGUCCACUCCAGUGGCACGGCGACGCGGCCCAGCUUCAUGAGCCUGGCCGCCAUCGUCAAGCUGGAACGACGGGGUGAGGAGACCAGACGACGGUUCGAGCAAGACCACAGGCACGAGUCGUUAUUUCAAGAAUGGGCUGCCAUGCCUGAAUCUGGCCAGGGGACUGAAACCGAUGACGUAGCGGACGCGGCGCUCUGGCGAGACCCUGGGGUUUCCGAGCUCAGAUUGUAG